AUGCCAGACUUCUCCAGCUUGGAAAUCAACUUGCAGUGGUGUAACCCUCUGGCUGUACUUGAUCUUGCACACCGUGGUGGAGCACUGAGAUGUGGCAGAAUGCUGGUGGAGAUUGUCAAGGAUGAAUGUUCAGUCGAAGCUUUUGACAUCAAUGGUGCAACUUGGUUGUACUAG